AAAGGUGGGAGAGAGCAAGAGAAUUGAAAGGAAGGACAAAUUGAAAUUCAGCUCCUGGUCUAUAAAAUCGUACUAAUAUGUUUACUUACUGUAGACCUCAUUUGUAGAGGAAGGGGCGAUGGGUGCAACGGGUUCCAAGCUGGAGAAGGCCCUCGGCGACCAAUUUCCCGAAGGCGAACGCUACUUUGGCCUCGAAAACUUUGGCAAUACUUGUUACUGCAACAGCGUCUUGCAGGCGCUGUACUUUUGUGUACCAUUCCGUGAGCAACUGCUAGACUAUUAUGCAAAUAAUAAAAGCCCUGCAGAACCGGAGGAGAAUCUCUUAACUUGUUUGGCUGAAUUGUUCUCACAGUGGUUUUCAAAUUUUAGCCUGAAUAUGAGGAUUUGGUAUUACCAGUUUUGCGAUAACCAGGAAUUUUUGUCUACCACCAGAUUGGAGGCACGUAAACUUGUUGUUGUCAUGCAGAUAAGUUCACAGAAGAAGAAAACCGGUGUUAUUGCUCCACGACGCUUUGUGCAAAGAGUCAGGAAGCAAAAUGAACUUUUCCGAGGUUACAUGCAUCAGGAUGCCCAUGAGUUUUUGAACUUCUUGUUAAAUGAACUUGUUGAUAUCUUGGAGAAAGAGUCACAUGCAUCAAAAAGUUUAACGGCAAGUUCUCCUGAAAAAGUCGCAAAUGGAUCAUGUAAUGGUAAGAGCAAUGGUGUUAAGAAGGAGCCACUCGUUACCUGGGUGCACAAAAACUUUCAGGGUAUAUUAACCAAUGAAACAAGAUGUUUGAGGUGUGAGACAGUCACAGCAAGGGAUGAGACAUUUUUUGAUUUGAGCCUUGAUAUUGAACAGAACAGUUCAAUUACAAGCUGCCUAAAAAAUUUCAGUUCGACAGAGACCCUCAAUGCGGAGGACAAAUUUUUCUGCGACAAGUGCUGUAGCUUGCAAGAAGCACAAAAACGGAUGAAGAUAAAGAAACCGCCACACAUCCUGGUCAUUCAUUUGAAGCGUUUCAAGUAUAUGGAACAACUAGGUCGUUACAAAAAAUUGUCUUACCGUGUAGUGUUUCCUCUGGAGCUGAAACUCAGCAACACCAUUGAAAACACAGACUCUGAGUAUUCUCUAUUUGCUGUUGUAGUUCAUGUUGGGAGUGGGCCAAACCAUGGGCAUUAUGUUAGUCUUGUGAAAAGCCACAACCACUGGUUGUUCUUUGAUGAUGAGAAUGCUGAGAUCAUUGAUGAGUCUGCUGUUCAGACCUUUUUUGGCUCAGCUCAAGAGUACUCGAGCAAUACAGAUCAUGGCUAUAUUCUCUUCUAUGAGAGCCUUGCUGCUAGCAAGAGCUGAUAAAGAGUUCUCACAUGUCGAGACCUAACUAUUUUGCCUCUCUCUGCUUAACUUCUGUCAUGUUCAGCUUUCCCAUGGUUUACUGGACUUGCUUAACACAUGUUUAUGGUUCCGUGUACAACAUACGAGGGUUUUCUAGCAUUUGACUUGCUUUAACAAUAAAGAGAUGUAAAUCCUGGUACAGAAACUUCAAACGAGAUGUUGAUAUUGUAUUAUUAGAUAUCAAACUGCAAGGAGUACCAAUGCAUUUCGUUGGCAGAACUCCACAAGCAGGAAUAAGUGUCUCCUUUGUGUAAUUUCAAUUUGAAAGUAUAGACUGCUGCUGUGUAGCUUUGUUUUCAAGUGGUUGAGACGAACACUGAUGGACCUUGGCUCUAGUGCUAUAUUCUUUUACUUACAACUA